GGAUGAGGUCAAUGCAGGCGAUUGUGAUCGGCUCAAUUGUGUAGCAAUGUAUUCAUAUUCUAUUUACAGUAUUCAUACACGCAUACGACCAGACAAGUGACAAAUUAAUGGGACGAUGUUAUCUAGACGGACCUCAAUAUGACAAUUUCUAAACCGUAUGAUAUUUUGGACAUGAGUGUUCCCGGUGAUGUCAUGAACUGGUCGAGCGCCUCCUACAGAUUGGAUGAACUAGAGCGAAAGUUCACAUUUCCGUGCGUCGUGCGACUCGCCGAAGGCUUUUGCUCAGACAGCGAAUCGGAAGGGUUCUCUAAAGAUGACAUCAUCGGAAUAGACAGCAAGUUGGUCUUACACAAGGUGGCAGCACACUUUACGAACAGGAAAUCUGGCGUACGGCCGACCAAAGGCGAGUAUGAUUUCGGGUAUGAGCGCUUAAGCGAUGAGAUUUUGGUCCCCUUAAAUUACAAGGGAAAGGCGAAAGUCCAGACAUGCACUGGGAAGACGUAUACGACAGUAAAAGAUCUAAUUGCCGACUUUCCGCGCUUUGCGAAGAUCUGCAGGACACUGAAGGCAUACUCUGCCGACGAUCAGCCCAUGGACUUACCAGGAGGAUCAACAAUUGAGCUGGACCGUAUCUUACCUGGAAGGAACAUAAAACCAGACGUUUUGUGCAUAAAAUUUAACGUUUCCGGUAAACCGACGUACGCCAAGGUGGCCGUUACUGAACGCGCUGAGAUCCAAUGCGAGUCGGAUGAGACUGAGUAUACGAUAAAAGAAGUCAUUGACAGAUUCAAACUGCCGCAAAUCGUGAAAUUCGUUGACGAUGAUAUCCGCAAGGUUUACACACAAGACUUGGUUGAGGGCAUUGAAAACAUGCGGACAAUCACAGAAACGCUACAAUUGAAUCGACUGGUUACCCAAAACGUACUCGUUGGUCAUUACAAGGCCGUAGAAGGGAUGGAGACAGUCGACACAGACAGUUAUAGAAAGCGUACACUGGUAGUCCUGCCCUUGGACCAUCCGGAAAUCCGUGAAAUUGAGGUCAACGUUUUGGAGGACGACGGCGAUAUUUCCGAAAUCUAUGAGAGAGUGUUCAAUGUUUCGAACAUCUCAAGUUCACUGGAAGUUGUGGAUACAAUAUACGUCGAGUUCUGUAAAGAUACUCCUUCUCCAAAAAUGUUCAAGCUUGAUACGCCGGCCCAUCGCAAGCCAACCGAACCAGAAGAAGAGCCGCCAAGGCCGCCGCCGCGAAUACCUGGUCCCCCGUCAGGCGCACAUGUACCCGCAGCCCCGGAAGUGUCGCCAAAACCAAAACCAAAGCCUAAACCAAACAAACCAGGCGCACAUGUACCCUCAGCCCCGGAAGUGUCACCAAAACCAAAACCAAAGCCUAAACCAAACAAACCAGGCGCUCCACCAGUAAUUCUACCAAAACCAAACCCAAUUGAAACAACAAGCCAACCAUUAGGCGCCUCUGCACACAAGGGUGCGCCUAAGGCCAACCGUGUUGAAAAACGAACUGUCCACCCCCCAGUUAUUGAGAAGGAUGACCAACCACCCCCGUUGCCAUUCAGGAAUCCACAGAAACCUAAAACUGAUGAUAAAUCUGCAGAAAUAACACGUACUUACUACAACUCUCCGCAACCGGUAGUCCACGAAAGUGCGCCUGUUAAUGCGGAUGACUACGAAAUACCGGAGGAUCCGAAACACGCUCCAAACGUGUCAAAGGGGCAGCCUGCACACGUAGUAUCGCCCCCUGGUUUUGACCUUGCCUCCAUGUAUUCUUCUUCUAGUGAUGCCUAUACUUUCAAAGAAGGAAAAGAGAAAGCGCACAAAGGGAUAUUCAAGUUUUUGAAAAAAAGAGAAACAUCCCCAGUCAAACCAAUGAUAGCCAACAAAACACCUGAUAAUCGCCAAGACCAUGAUGAUGAUUGCGUACUUUACGACGAGGUUAAAGAAGAGGACAUGCUAGAUGAGAAGACGGGCCUGAAGAAGGGCGCCGCAAAGGUUGCUGCGAAUACUGCCAUUGUCAAACCGAUGACAUCGAAGGGUUCAAUGGCGCAGAGUAGCCAAUCCAAAUUAAAGCCGUUCAUCGAGCUUAACUGCAGCGAACUCGUUGAAAGAUUGAAUCUGUGUAAGAUGCAUGCCUUGGCGAAGGAAUGUGAGGAAGGCCGAUUAGACGGCGGGUUCUUCAAGUCUCUUACAUCUAGCGAUCUGGAAUCUGCACUUCAUUUGCAGAAACUAGAUGUGUUGAAGCUUUUACAAAUGAGGGACAAAAAUUGGAUUCCCAAUGACUGAAAUUAGUAUUGUGAAACUUUGAGUACUGUCAAAUUUAGAGUCGGUAUUGAUUAGCUACAAGUCUAUGUACCGCUUUUUAUAAUCCAGACAUAAAACAAUGAGCAUAGAAUUGAUUCGUAAAAAGACUUAAUGUAGCGCAUAUACAAAUUAUUAGUAUCCCAUAAUUUGAUACUUUGAUUAAAUCAACUAAUUAGGUAAUUUCUUUGUUGAACCGCGGCCCAUAUAUGUUUUCAAUUAUUGAACAUUGCAUCAUUUAAUCUUUUUUCAAUCGAUACAUUGAUUUUGCUGUGGAUGUGGGUUUUAAGCUGUUUUCAAAGAUCUAACCGUGAACUGAUGUUGCAUUAUUUUGCGUAACAAAGGGAAACCAGUCACAGUCGUUCUAUAUGGUUUAUAAUUGAAAAACAUGUUCUCUAUUUAAUACCAUAUCGACAUUCAUAAAAUAGUGAUCUAUUGAUGAUUAGUUACUUUGAAAUGUUUUAAAGAAAACAAUAUUUUUUUAAAGAUAACACAUUGGUUAAUUCAAUUUGGUGUGAACUCAUCGUUAUUAAAUAUUGGCUAUGA